GGGAAUAACAACUCCAUUCCUUCUCCUCCCGUCCUCGAGACCAGUUGGCAUGGACCGUCCUCUACGAUGCUCAUGAGUCUCCUCCCGAUCACGACAAUCCUCUCGGUGCUCUCCUCUGCAACGGGCCGGUGUGCCAGAGGAAUCCCUUCACGAUGAAGACCAUUCCCAGUCUCGUCGCCUCGAGUACUGUUGGGGUCGCUGCGGCAGGACUGGCAUUUGCAAAACCUGAACGGUCCUCAACGCCGCGGCCUUCUUCGAAAAAGAGGAAAGUUGGAGAAUUGGCGGAAGUCGUGGUUCACAAUCAAGGCUUAUCAUCUCCCAUUUCACGGCCGGGCAAGAGUUCAACUGUGAUCACACCCGAUAACAGGACUUCUCAACCGCCGACCGAUUCCUCCUCUCCACACGCUCCUACCUCGGACCCUCGACCAUUGGAGACAAGAGUUGAAGUUCCACAUCAUACUGGGAUCCGAAGACCAUCGGUGAUUAGGCACGAGGAGGUCUCACCGCCGCGUGAAGUUGCUGAGGAGGGAACUCGGAGGGAGUCUAUUUCAUCGAGAGGAUCAUGGAUACGGCGGCUAUCUACAAUACCCAAUUCAUACAACAACAGCCCAAGGUCAAGUGUUGGACCAGACACGCCAUCGAUAAACCUUUCUCAUGGAUCUGCGGCUCCGAUACUUUCCAAUCCAGCUAGCAGUCCGGCACAAUUACCUCCCAACAAACUUGUGAAGAGAACAACUUCAGGUCGGGCAAUCGGUGGACAACUAACAAGAAGUGCAUCAAAAUCACAGCUACCCACUCUUCGUCGACCAGCUACAAGUCAUCAACGUUCCGUCACUCUACAGCAACAAUUCAGGAACGACUCAAUGGGCACAAAGGAUUCCGUGCAACAAAACCCUUUCAAUCAGACGCACCCAAUUCCAUCAAUACCGGCAAAUAAAUUCGGCUCCCCUACACCCGAAUCACGGCAUUCCUGGCGUCUCUACUUUGACUCUCGAUCAACGAAGUUAACAAAGGAAAGGACAUCUGGAAGGUCGAGUGACGGUGGGAUCCAAAAUUUUCAUUCCACCUCUCGGCGGGUUAUUCCAGAUGACAGCGUGAAACCUACCUUGGUGAAACCAGGAAUGAUAUUGGUAUCGAAGAAGAACUUUGCACAGUACUACUAUGAUGACAGCUUUGGGUCGGACGACAUGAUUGAGGACGACAUUGAAAUCAUCGAUGACAACACCAUCCCAUCUAUGGAAGCUGCGGAGGAGCCUCAAAAGCGUGCACGAAGGUCUUUGUCCAUGAACUUCGGCUCACCAAGUUCAUGGAUAUCUCGAGCAGGAAGUUUGAGAGGGAACAAACGAAAUACAGAAGGAAGAAGUGGAGGGAAGCGUUACUCAUCAGCCCCAGUACCAAACAUGCCUGGGCGUAACAUAGCAUCAGCACAUGGACCUUCCAAUCCUCGACACAGACUUAUUACGGACCCAACUGUCUUCCAGAGACAACCAAUAUCACCCAUUGAAGAUCCUUCGCCUAACGACCCAUUUUCUAUGAGUUUUCAGGCGCGAAGCCGAAAUAGCUCCUCGCCGCUACCCCCACUGUCUCGGCUGUCGAGUUUCAACAUUGAUUUAGCCAGGCUUGGCCUCUCUUCAUCCUCGUCUUCUGCACCCCGUCGAAGUCCCACCACACCGAUCUUGCGUACUCACACUACAUCUACAUCACUUUCCUCGACAGGGCAUGCCUCGCCUGUCUCGGCAAUUUUCUUCUCGGCCCAUAGCAACAAAGCGCCUCGAACUUCAGAAGUCGGAGACCGGGCUUCUACUCUUGUUGGAUCUGACAACGAUGCGAAGGGAUUCGUUUCAGGCGAUGACGAUGAUAUGGACUUCCAGAGUGAGACGGUCUUUGAUUCACUGAGGUCGGGAGCGACGGGCAGUAUCCGAUCUCACAACGGUCCUCUGGAUUCAAUGUUCGACGAAUCUCCACCAAGUCUCAACGGACAUCCAAAGAGCAAGCGGCUGUCGAUUCACGAGAUGCUGAAUAAUGGCACUUUCCAGGAAGGAAAUAACAGGAUUGUGGAAGAAGACGAGGAUAUGUCUACACCGGUCAAAGGUUCCCGAUCACGAUCUUCGCAGGAAAAAGCACUCCACACUCCAGUCCGGGGUGGUACCAAGGACGUUGAUGAGCCUUUCCCAUCAUCGCCGCCAAGUUUCUCCCUCGUAACGAAGGACUUUGGCCGACUUUCCCUGGACGACGAGGAGGAAGAUGAAGAUUGGACGAGAGAUGAUGAGAAUAUGGAGAUUGGCAAUUUGUCGCCGCCUUCGAGCUCUCUGAAUUCUCGUAAAGUGAGCCCAACUUUCCGUGCAGCUCUUGCAGAUGUCACACAUUCUGGCUCAACAAAUGGAAACUCUGCUCCCAAUACUGAUAGGCCGAGAAGCCACAUUUUCGACUGGUCGGAGCCAUCGUCCGCAGAGAAACUAGAUUCGAUGGGCAAUUCUCCUCGUCCCAAAACAGCACAUGUGAAGCAGAUUGCUGACGGACGAGGUGGACGUACAAUUGGAAGGAGAGGACCAAGUGCGUUGCACAUUAGAAGUCAGAGUGUGCCUGUUGUACCCGAUGUCACUGGCCAGCGCGACCAUUCAAAACUAACUCCUAAAUUUGGCACUUGGGGCCUGGGUGGCAAUGGUGUUAGCGAAGACUGGGAUGGAGAUUUCGAAUUCAACGAGGCAAGUGGCGAAGAUGGAGGCAAAAGUCUGGAGAGCAGCGGCAUGCUAGUGCCCGAGGCUAUACAGGCUAGUCAGGCUAAUGUUGUUGGGCACGUCGGCCAGAUACGAGAGGUCUGUCUUCUGGUUGAAGAUUUGAAGCGGCUUCAACUUCUGGCAAAAGAGAAAGGCUUGCUGAAUGGACCUUCAGCAACUCUGUGGAAGGAAGCAGAAGGAAUCAUUGCUCUUGCAGUACCUGACGAAGAGGACCCAACCUUGUCACCGCCCCAUUCGCCUUCCUCUAUUGUCUUUGAGCAAGAGAUCGUGGAUGAUAAAUAUCAUGAGCGUGGACUUGAAGCAGAGGAUUUGUCAGUCGAUAUUCCUUUCGAGCUACUGAAUCGCCACGGUCAACCUACAGGUUUCAUCUACGAUGGCAACACUGUUCGACGACGUUCAGUCUUCUCACCAGACGAUGACAUCUUUGGCGCGGGUGCUUUGAAUAAUCCACCUACCAGGGAGCACCUGCGGCCACCGUCAACCUCACCUCGUCACUCGAGUAUGAAGAACUCUUCUGACGUUGCUCGGUCACUCAUGGAAACAAUGCAUCAGCACAGAGCAUCCUCGGAUCCACUUCUCCAGAACAUGACCAGCCAGUCAUCAAACAAGAUGCCAUUCGAUACGACCAGCCUUAAAGAUCUCGUCCAUCGUGCCAGCCAGCUUACUCGUACCCUUGCUGAUCUCGUCCGGAAGGCCGAUGGUUCGCAAAGUCCAGAGGCUAGUCCCAAGCGCGAGUCGAGUCCAGCUUUCACUAGAGUUUUCACGCCUACUGAACCGAUGGUAAAUCCGCCCAAGCAUCUACCUCGUAGCCACAGCAAUAACUCGACCCUCAGUGGUUCAAUUGACGCCUCUCCGACUCGAAGCUUGGGGCAACGGAUGCAUAUGAUGACGGUUGUAUGAUCACGGGUCAUACCUUACGACCCAACUUAUUUUGUACAUUUGUGGACCCUCGUGGUCCUUGUUUUCUUCUUGCAUAGCGACGGUUCCUUUUUAACUGCUGCAUGAAGCGUUUUCACGAUUUUUUAAUUUGUGCAUCUC